GUCCAAGUGGAAUUGCCGUUGAAUUUUGCUGCGGCUCCACUUCCGUGUUUUUUUGGUGGUAUCAGUUCAUCCGCUGCAAACGUCUCUUGACUUGAAUUCAGAGAAGGCUGAUCCAGCCUCUCCUGUCAUGCGAUUACUUAUGUGAGUCUGUGUUAAGACAAAAUCCAUGGUCAUGUCUCAGAAGGAUCUGAAAGAAGCAUUUGUCAGUAAUCAUAAUGGGACCAAUUUACAGGAAGUGGUUGUGGGCUCAUUAGUCACACCACUAUGCAUCCUCCAGCGAGGGAUCAUUCUGAUCCUCUACCAUCAAGCUAAGGGGACUCUACCUCUGCCAUUUCCACAGGUUUCUCACCUGCUUCUCGAUUUCUCUGUAGUGGUCCUCCCCCUCGUCCUGUCAUGCACCAUCCUGAGCGACCAUCUUCGUCAAGUCGUCUUGAGUUUUGCCUUUGUUUUGCUAUGUGUGCUUUUUUACCUCUACCGCAGUAAUCGGCAAACCUCUCUCAACAUGUUCCUCAAUCGGACUGUUCAUUUUAAACAGGUUCCCUUUGUGACCAUCUUUAGAGUGAUGGUGAAUGUGCAAACGGCUAUCAGUAUUUUGGCCGUUGACUUUCGAGUCUUCCCAAGGCGGUAUGCGAAGACAGAAACCUAUGGAACAGGUGUUAUGGAUUUUGGUGUUGGAACAUUCAUCUUUGCAAAUGGUCUGGUGUGUCCAGAAGCACGUGGCAAAACUGUUUAUGGAUCCAAGAUGAAACAUAUUGGCAAGCAGCUCCUCUCCACGUGGCCCCUGAUUUUUCUCGGUGCAGCACGACUCAUCGCUGUCAAAAUGAGCGACUACCAUGAACAUGUGACUGAAUAUGGUGUCCACUGGAAUUUCUUCUUCACCGUGGCCCUUGUCAAGGUUGUGACGUCCAUGCUUUUGGUUGUUAUACCCGCAAGACAAUCGUGGUUCUUGGCUCUUGUCAUAAGUGUCGUUUAUCAAUUUGCUCUGGAGACAACAGGACUCAAGACUUUCAUCCUACACAAUAAUGACAGAGGGAAGGACUUCCUGCAUGCUAACAAGGAGGGCAUCUUCUCCAUAGCAGGUUAUGUUGCCAUCUACAUGGCAGGAAUCCAGGUAGGAUGCUAUGUCAUGCAGCCAAGACUCCAUGUCAGAGAUUGGCUCAAAGCAGUUUUGAACCUCCUAAUGGGAACUCUCACUCUGUUUGCUGCUUUGUGCAUGUGUCAGACUUUAGUGGAGCCAGUGUCUCGCCGUUUAGCUAAUCUGACUUUUUGCCUCUGGAGUGUUGCUCAAUCUCUCCUUUUUGUAUCAUGUCUUGGUUUAGUUGAUUUGAUUGUACUGUUUGCCAAAAUAACAUCAGGCUGUCAAUUUAUACCAUCAUCAUGGUACUCGUAUUCAGGGCCCCACAAAAAGAAAGAUGAGAUGGAAGGUUUGUGCCUUGUUCAAGCCAUCAGUAGGAAUCAGCUGUUAUUUUUUCUGCUGUCAAAUGUUUUGACAGGAGUGACCAACGCUUUAAUCAACACACUUAAUUGCAGUGAUUUAUUUUCUGUCUAUGUCCUGCUGUCUUACAUGCUUACAAACUGUGCUGUUGUAUAUGUUUUGCAUCUCUGCAGAAUUACAAUAAAAUUUUGGUAAUUUUUUUCUA